AUGGACAAAUUUAACAAAGUUUUUAAGCGAAGCAGUGGAAAGGGGUGGGCUUGGACAAGAAUUCCCGAGGUCGUCCAAGCAGUUGAAAAGAAGUUUGUCCCCUUGAUUCAGCCCAAAGGCACCCAUCGCCCGUAUGAGGUUGUUAUCAUGACGGACUUGACUCGAGAAAUCAGUUGUAAGAGAAAACGCUCUGAAAUGAGCAUGAUUUGCGGUGAGUGGCCCAAACAUCCUCGACCUAGCGUCAUUUACGACGAAUCCCUAUUCGACGAUGGUGGCGGCCUUGACCUGCUCAUCAAUUUGGAUAGCAAGGAACCAAUUGAAGUCAACAUUGUUCCGUACUAUGGAUCGUCCGCUAACAACAACGGAGCAGGGAUCGACGAAAAUCUGUAUUCCAGGCAACGCUAUGUCCUCGGAGAAGAAGCUCUGGCACGGAUGGCGGCGUCAAAUAUCUUAAUCUCUGGACUGGGCGGACUUGGAGUGGAAGUGGCGAAAAACGUGAUUCUAUCUGGAGUCAAGUCUGUUACUUUGCAAGAUGCCACCACUACAACCUGGGAUGAUCUAUGUUCUCAGUUUUAUUUGAGAAAAGCCGACAUUGGGAAGAACCGGGCAGAACAAUGUCUCAAACAUUUAAGCGAACUGAAUCCUGAUGUAUCAGUUCUCACUUCGAAGGAACCACUAACUCCGGAACUCAUAGGAAAAGAAAAAUACAGCACGGUCGUCGUCACCGAGAGUAGCGGAGUUUCCAACUUGCUCGAAAUUGGAAACUGGUGUCACGACAAUGGGGUUUCUUUCAUCUUGGCUGAAACAAAGGGACUUUUCUCAAGAAUUUUUUGCGACUUUGGCCCAGACUUCAGCGUGCUUGAUGUCAACGGUGAGAAUCCUGUGACGACACUGAUUGCUGGCGUGACCAAGGAAGAACAAGGGGUGGUCACAUGUCUUGGAAGUCCUGAUGGAUUUCAAGAUGGAGAUUUCGUCAAGUUUUUCGAAGUUCAAGGCAUGACUGAACUCAAUGAUCAUCCUCCCAUCCAGAUCGAGGACGGGCCGUACACUUUUAAACUCAAGCUUGAUACGAGAGGCAUGACGAACUAUAUACGAGGUGGCGUUGUCACUCAAGUAAAAAUGGUCAAGAAACUCUCCUUCAAAAGGUUGGAGGAAUCCAUCGCCGCUCCAGUAUACAUAAUUGCGGACUGGGGCAAGCUCGACCAUACUGAAACGAUCAACAUUGCCUCCCAAGCCCUGGAUGCAUUCGUCAAUCAACACAGCUGCCGACCUCGUCCAUACAACGCUGAGGAUGCCGACAGUUUUGUGAAGAUAGCAGCAAAGUUGGCUACAAGGAGGGAAAUCACGCUUAAUGUGAAAGUUGCCCGAAUUUUUAGUUUCAUCUGCUCUGGACAAGUCUGUCCUAUGAAUGGAUUCGUGGGUGGCGUCGCGGCUCAAGAAGUCAUGAAAUCUGUGAGCGGAAAAUUUCACCCUCUCUGCCAGUGGAUGUUUUUUGAUUCAAUUGAGUGCCUUCCGUUCGAGUUUGAUGGUGAGACCGGUGCGGUCAUGAGUACGCUGGACGAGACAGAUUUCCAGGGGAGCGGGUCGCGGUACGAUUCACAGAUUGCAGUUUUUGGGAAAAAAUUUCAACGAACUUUGGGAGAUGAAAAGUGGUUUGUGGUUGGAGCGGGUGCAAUCGGAUGCGAACUCUUAAAAAAUUUUGCAAUGUUGGGACUCGGUGGCGGCGACAAGGGAAAAAUUUUUGUGACUGACAUGGACUUGAUUGAGCGGUCCAAUCUAAAUCGUCAAUUUCUCUUCCGGCCCAAAGACGUCGGUCAGGCCAAGUCAGUCUGCGCUGCACAAGCUGUGCUAGAAAUGAAUCCCGGAAUUACCAUUGAACACCAUGUCAACAGAGUUGGUCCCGAAACGGAAGCAACCUACUAGUACAAUGACGAUUUCUUUGAAAAUUUGAGUGGAGUGGCCAACGCAUUAGACAAUGUCGACGCCCGAAUUUAUAUGGACCGUAGAUGUGUCUACUAUCGGAAACCUCUUCUUGAAUCUGGAACGUUAGGAAUUAAAGGAAGUACGCAAGUCGUCAAUCCCAACAUGACUGAGAGCUACAGUUCGAGCCAAGACCCGCCCGAAAAAAGUAUUCCAAUCUGCACUCUGAAAAAUUUUCCAAACGCAAUUGAACACACGUUGAAAUGGGCUCGAGACUUGUUUGAGGGAAUCUUUAAACAAAGUGCGGAGAAUGCGGCUCAAUUUUUAAGUGAUCCCCGAUAUUUGGAGAGAACCCUAAAGCUGCCGGGUAGUCAACCAUUAGAGAUAUUGGAAUCGGUUAAAAAGUGCUUGAUGGAUGAUCAACCGAAAGAUUUCCAAGGGUGCGUGACCUGGGCAAGAUUGUUGUGGGAGGAUUCGUUCAACAACACAAUCCAACAGUUGCUAUUUAAUUUUCCCCCAGACCAAACGACCAGCACGGGACAGCCGUUUUGGUCAGCCCCCAAGAGAUGCCCGAAGGCAAUGACCUUCACCACGGAAGAUGACUUGUGUGUAGACUUUGUCUUCGCUGGGGCCAAUUUGAGGGCAGAGAUGUACGGAAUUCCGCAAGUUAGGGAUAGGACACUUGUUGGUAACAUGGGUGCUGCUGUUCAUGUUCCGGUAUUCCAGCCAAGGACAGGGGUGCGGAUCGCUUUAACUGAAGCUGAAGCCCAGUCACAGUCUGGAACUCUUGAUUCGGAUCGUUUGGAGGAGUUGAAGACUACUUUGAAAAAUCGUGUAGAUUUCCAGGGACUGAAGAUCACUCCAAUCGAAUUUGAGAAGGAUGACGACUCCAAUCUCCACAUGGACUUUAUUGUUGCUGCAUCCAACGCCAGGGCCACGAACUACUCGAUUGAGCUGGCUGAUCGUCUCAAAUCGAAACUGAUUGCUGGAAAGAGCAUCCCUGCAAUCGCCACAACAACCUCUGUCAUGUCGGGACUCGUCUGCUUGGAACUCAUUAAGCGUGUCGGGGGAGAAACCAACAUUGAAAAGUACAAGAACGGCUUUGUCAAUUUGGCUCUUCCAUUAUUCGGAUUUAGUGAGCCGAUCGCCGCCCUUAAGCUCAAAUAUCACGACACGCAAUUUACUUUAUGGGAUCGAUUUGAAGUUCAGGGAGAGAUGACCCUGAAGGAAUUUUUGGACCAUUUCAAGGAUCGCUACAACCUUGAAAUCACCAUGUUGAGUCAAGGCGUCUGUAUGCUGUACUCUUUCUUUAUGCAGAAGGAAAAGAGGGAGGAGCGAUUAAAAUCUCCGCUGGUGCAGGUGGUAAGGGAGGUAUCCAGGAGACCCAUCGAACCGCACGUGAAGGCUCUUGUAUUCGAACUUUGUUGCAAUGAUAGGGACGGGGAAGAUGUCGAAGUACCAUACGUCCGCUACGAAAUACCACCCUCUCUAUUAAAUAAUUAACAGUAAUGCCUAAUG